CAGAUAAGCUAUUCGGUGGAAGAACGUAUCAGUUAAGGGGAAGCAUGGAAGACAAAUACAACUUACAAUGGUUGACAGCUCUGUUGGCUACGGUACCUGACUUCUUAUCGAAGUUUGCUUAAAGACCAGAGAAGAAGAGAACCAUCACCGUCCCUGCCGGCGACGCCCCCAUCCCGGCUAAGCCCCGCCCACGCGGUCCCCAACCUCCGGCGGUCCAGGGUCCUAGAAACAAAAACAAACAGGUCUGAAGAAGAGGAGGACUGUGUAGUAGUGUAGAGCCCCGAGAGAUCUGCUUCUCGUUUGAAUUCGCCCGUGGAAGAUGUUGGCCGUGAGGGAAUGUUUCACGACGAAUGACACUGGGCAGAGCUACAAGGUCGUAAGUCUCUUUGCCAAGAAAGGCACCAACAUAAUGAAAAAGAAGAAACUUUGUGAAGUUGAAGCAGAAAAUGGAGAGCGAAUCAUAGUGAAGGCGAAAAACUCCGGUGUCGUUUCACAGGUGUUGGUCAAAGUAAACGACGUAGUGGAAGAUGGAAGUUGCAUUAUGGAAAUAACAGCAUGCGUUCAUCCAGCACUGAUGGGCAACAUCUGCUGUGACUGUGGCAUGGUGUUGGAUGACAAUGAAAUCCCCAAAAGUGAUACUGUCAGCAUGAUACAUUCGGUACCUGAUCUCAAGAUUGCAAAAGAGGAAGCAGAAGAACUUGGUAAGAAAGACCAGAAGAAUUUACUGAAUCAACGGAAGCUGGUUCUCCUUGUUGAUUUAGAUCAGACCCUUAUCCACACAACAAAUGACAACAUUCCACCUGAGUUAAAAGAUGUGUAUCAUUUUCAACUUCACUCUGGUGGCCCUUGGUACCAUACAAGACUAAGGCCUCAUACAAAAGAAUUUUUGGAGAAGAUUUCAAGACUAUAUGAACUUCACAUAUGCACAUUUGGUGUUCGAGAGUAUGCUCAUUACAUUGCACAUUUUUUAGAUCCGGAUGGGAAGCUUUUUGGUCAGCGAAUACUGUCUCGAAAUGAGUGCAUAGAUCCUAUGUCAAAGAAGGCAAAUCUCAAUUCCCUCUUCCCAUGUGGUGAUAACAUGGUUUGCAUCAUUGAUGAUCGGACUGAUGUUUGGAAUUUUUCACCCAAUGUAAUACAGGUGGUUCCAUACCAUUUUUUCCGUCACACUGGUGAUAUAAAUGCGCCACAAGGCUUGCAGAAGAAAGAAAAUGAUGAUCGUCAAGGGAUUGAUUUCAAGUCAUUCGGUAAGGGAUUAGCUAAGGAUACUUCACCCACAGAUAGUCCUGAGGGGAGUGAUGAGGAUUUUGAUAAAAGAACUUACAGUUCCGACUCUGACAGUGAUAAAGAUUCCAAAGACAAACAAGAGAUAGAAGGUGACAGUGCUGAGUCAGACAAAAUUAGUGAUGAUUCAGCUGUUGACGUCCACACGGAUGAUGCAGAGAUGAGAGAUGAGGAUGGAAAAAGUAGUGCCCAGGACAUUUUUGAUUUUAAGCUGCAAAACAUCACAAUUGAAGAAAAAGAAAAUAGUGCAAACAAAAAGAACUUAAAAAGGCAGUCACAAGACAAUGGCAAGCAAAGGCGGAAAGCCACAAAGGAAGACUCCAAACAAAAAGACAACAGUAGUGACUCCAAACAAAAAGACAACAGUAGUGAAACACACGAGGACGAAAGUAUAUCCGAAAGUGAUUCUUGUAAAGAAAAGAGUGAUGGUACAAAUUUUGAUACAAAUGAGAAAGUAAAUAAGUGUAGCAGUGAAACUGAUGUGACUGAAAGUGGUAAGGACUCAAAUCCUCAGACAGAAAACCAAAACCUAGAGAGAGAAAAAACGAAAGAACUCAGUUGUGAGGAAUCCAGACCAGACAAUUUGAUUGAUGUGGUGGAUGAUGAUGACUUUCUUUUAUAUUUGGAAGACAUUUUAGGAAAAAUUCACGUAACCUUCUUUAACGAGUAUGAGAAAUGUAAGACCCAGCAGCAAUCGGAUGUUAAGGAAACAGAAUUACCAGAUCUUAAAAAGUUGAUACCUUUAGUGCGAAAGGAUGUGUUGAAAGGCAUAAAUAUUGUUUUCUCUGGUGUUGUGCCACAGCAGGUGAAGCUGAAGGACUCCAGAGCCUACCAAAUUGCCGUGUGCUUUGGCGCAAACGUUUCAGAAAGACUCAUCGUCAGAGCCAAAGGAGAGAGUGAGAAAAGUGAUAAGGGAGAAAAUCGUUGUUACACCACUCAUCUUGUAGCUGCAAAUAUCAAUACUGAAAAGGUACACCGUGCUCGGAGAUGUAAAUCUAUAAAGAUUGUGACACCAAACUGGCUAUGGUCGUGCGUUGAAAGAUGGGAGUUGGUGGAAGAGCGGCUUUUUCCAUUAACCAAAGAAGUGGAGAAAGAUGUCCAGAGACAUCCACCACAUCAUUGUUAUUGUCCGGACUUUUCAUAUCAACCUACACAAAUUGAAGCAGUUCCUGGACCUAGUGGUCGGACAAGAACACCAAGUGGAAAUCUUUUAGAUGAUGUAAAUCCCCUCCUGUUUUUCAGCCCUGAUGACAAAAACAGUAUGGCUGUUGAAGUCGACAUGAUGUUGAGUGAUGAUGAUGAGUCAAACUUUACUGAUGACAACAGUGAAGAUGAAGAAAGUGGUCCAGAAAGAAAAAAACACAGAAGAAUGGAAAGAAAUUUGGAUAGCACAAGUAGUAGCAGCAGUGAAAGACAAACUGAUGAAGAUGGAGACAGUAAAUUACCCAGUAAGGUCUUCCAUCAAGGUAGUGGACUGCCAAGUGAUGACAGUGAUGGAGGUCUGAGUGAUGAAGAUGAUCUCAGUAGAAUGGGUGCAGACCUGGAAAGUUUGUUGGAUUGAAUUACAGUACAAAAUUUAAUUUUAUAAGGAAAGUUUUAUUUUUUACAAGUCUGUGGAAAUGUGAUUGUCCAACCUGACUGAUUAAGUUGUAGAUUUUAAAAAGAAGAUCCCUGAAACUCUGUUGUAAUUGUUUAAAGUAGCUUUAUUUUUGUUAUAAAAUUCCACUGUUUUACAAAUACAUUUUAAAAAUUGUGGUUAUAUAAGAUAUUGCAGAGGUCACAUUUACCUGCAUUAUCUCAGACUGAGUUUACGGAGAGCUUGUUACAUAUAUAUGUCCUUCAGUAUCACAAACAAAAAUUUGGGAACUCAUUUUAUCCUGAAGGAUUUGGUUAACGUAAAAAGAAUUUACGUAGAAUUAUAUGGGCUUUCAUUUUAAAGCAAGCUAUAAUAAAUUCAUUAUCAUAUCAUGAAUUCUGAGUGAAUUUUAGUACUAUACCUUUUACACGAAAAAUUAUUUUGCCUGGAAUAAUCAUGUUUUUAAAAUGUAUUAAAGUACUGUAUAUUUGCAAUGUUCAUUUCUUAUGAGGGUAAUAUUUUAUUGUACUCAAAGAUCAUGUUAAUAAAUUUUGAUUUUGUU